CGGAUCGACCUACGGGGUGUCUUUGGGAGGGAGGGUGUUGCUGAAAGGGUCUGUCCCUCAUUUCGCAAACUGCGUCUCUAUUCCCUGUUCCUCCGGGUUUGUGAGCUGCCGUGUAAAAGCUGGUUGUGCCGUGGCGGAUACGAGGCGAGAUUGUUGUGUUUGUUUGCCCCUUUGUGAGAGUGAAGGGAAGGCCUUCCUGUGUGUAGGUGCUGAGGAGCCAGCUUCCUCUGGAUGUCCUGCCGGCCUGUGUUAAAGCGGUGCAGUGUCCCUGGAUGCUGCAGCCGCCUUUCCGGGUUGCAGUUCCCCUUUAAGAGCCUGUCUUCCCCCCCCCCCCCCUGUACCACCCGGCCCUUCUUUCCUCGGCUUGUCGCUGCUGGGAACCCACGUCAAAGGUCGCCUGGAGAUUUGUGACCAACCAUGAGAUCGAGGAGCGUUUCGCUUUCCCUUCCCGGAAGGAGGAGUCUCGGUUCGGGAUGUGAUUCACAGGCGGAGGAGCCCGGCAGCCGGCAGCCGCUCGGAACAGCCUUCCCCCCGGCUCGAUACUGACCCAUCCUGCCCAGAGCCUCGCCCAGCUCCCAGGCUCUGCCGCCUCCCUUUCCCUGGGAAAGGGGGAGGAGGGAGAGAGACACAAGGAUAGAGAGAGGGAGAGAGGGUGGAGAGCAGGGAGAGGUGAAUCUGCGGACCUUGUCAGACAUGUCUGAAGCUCUCACUCAGAGACACAUCAAGCAGGAGAGAAACGCCUACACCCCCCCAGUCAGCCCAGUGCCAGCGUUCAGCAGCACCGUUCACGGGAGUGUGUCUCAGGGCAGACGCAUGGAGGAUGGAACCUAUGCCCUACCCAAUCACCUCCGCCUGCAGCCUAUGUUCUGGAGUCGGUUGGACGUGGCUCAGUGGCUGAAAUGGGCAGAGCAGGAAUAUUCUCUGCGGCCAAUGGAGAGUGAGAUGUUUGAGAUGAACGGGAAGGCUCUGUGCCUGCUGACUAAAGAGGAUUUUCGAUAUCGGUGCCCGCACUCAGGAGAUGUCCUCUACGAGCUACUGCACCACAUUCUGAAGCAGAGGGAGUCCCCGGUCUGGUACCCCCCGUUCCUGCAGCCGGCCAGUGCUACACACAACCCAGCUGACAUCAUGCUGCACAAUCCCCUGGAAGACUUACUGCACAGAAAUGCCCGGCCCUCGGAGCUGGCGAGCCAUCGGAAUCUGCCUUCACUGGCACCACUCCAGAGAUUGGUCCGGUCUCCAGCUGGUGCCCAGCGACACUCUUCCCCAGAAGCAGAGCUGGAAAUCCCGCAGAGCCUUGCUCCAGCAUGUGAGAGGAACCCGAGCCCCAACUCGCAGGCAGAGAAUACGCACAGCUCCUCGCCAGACAUUGAGCAAAGACUGUCCAUCUCACCUGUGGAUGAGAACCACUGCCCAUCGGGCAAUGACAACAUGCUGCCAGCUCCCAGGAGAAAUCAUUCACCUGCUAUGGACACCUCCCGAGUUAUCCAGUUAAUCUCCAACUCCAUGAUGAACCCGGCAAUGGUCUCCAGCCGACAGCCCACAGAUAUCACCUCGAGGAUGGCCAACCGGAACUCUCACAAGGAGCGGCCUCUGAACUUAUCCCGGGAAGAGCUGUUAUACCGUAACCAUGUGAUGGUGCCCAUAUCAGCCCCAGAGGAGCCUGUGACCACACCCAUAGGCAGAAUUGCAGACUGCCGGCUCCUCUGGGACUACGUUUACCAGUUGCUUUCAGACAGCAGGUAUGAAGCUUUCAUCCGAUGGGAGGACCAUGAGUCCAAAGUUUUCCGAAUUGUGGAUCCGAAUGGCCUGGCCCGGUUGUGGGGUAACCACAAGGUAAGGGCGUUGCUUUGUGCUCUUUUGGGACAGAUCCAGGGAGGAGUGGGCCCUACUGUCAUUAGCUCCACCCCGCCUCCCCCGAUGACAACCUGAGCCUGAAUGUACCCC